GAGAUACCAAUUCCCUGACCCAACGUUUUCAGCCCAUCUGCAUCAAAAAUCUAGACUACACCGUCCCAACCCUAAACUUUAGAAAGUUGUCAGCUUUCUCACUCAUACGAAUUUUGACGCUCGAAUUGAUCUUCAAAGCUCGUUUCAGGGAUAAUUUACAUGUUAGAUACGUAUGGUUCGAAAUUUUGGAUGGCAGAACGAGAAGCACCAUUUUUCCCCAGGGAGAAGCUUAUUGAGAGGCAGAAGUACUUCCAACAAAUCCACAAGCAUACAUAUCUGAAAGGACCCCUCGACAAGGUCACCUCUGUUGCAAUUCCUCUUGCUCUAGCCAUAACAUCAGCAUACCUGAUCGGUAAAGGGAUCUAUAACAUGUCUCAUGGAAUUGGGAAGAAAGAAUGAAUGUAUGGAGCAAGAUUGCUUUACAGCAGCUGAUAGGAUGGAUGCCUGAAACAUGGCAAUUUUAUGGUUAAUUAUACUUUUAACUAGCCACUUUGUUUUCAUUUCAGAAUUUCAGUGGUUGCUUUUCUGACAAUAAUGUGUAAUAAUUGUAUUAUUACUAGUGGGCGGUCGAUUUUUCUUUGAA